UUACAUGUAAUAUAUGACAAUAUAUGACAAUAUAAGUAAUGAAAAACAUCGUCCUGGGAAAAAUUACUUUACAUACAUAUAGAAAAAUUAAACAUAACGAAAGCAAUAAAAUAUUAAUACGUUUGACUACUACAAUGAUGGCCACGCCUUUUUGUUAUUGCAAUACAACCUGUGAUUCGGUUAAUCCUCUUAUAAUGAACAUUUCAUUACACCAGAAACAACCUAACAACAGCAACGAGGAAGAAUGUGUUCUAACCACAGGUGUAUGCAAGCGACUUGUGUUAAGGCGUAAAUAACGUGGAUACACUUAAAACACCUUUCAAAUUGUAUCGUUCAUUGUGGAACAUGUUAAUGAAACAAAGUGUCUGAAAGGGUGGAGUGUUCCUGAAAGAUGAUGUAUACAUGAUGAAAAUAGCGACGAGUUAGGAUAAAUUUCAUGAGGUUAUGAAGAUUCACACGUUCAUUGGACUAUUUUCUUAACAAGAUGAUAACUAAGCGUCUUAAAAUGUUUAUGCGCUGUUCCGUGAAAAACAUCGUAUUACUGUGUGUAUUAGUAACAAUUCUUAUCCUUGGAUCAUUAAUGACAGAAAUUCCGACGGAAAAACGUUCGGAUAUUACCUACCAUUUGGAAUCAUAUAACAUAAGUUCAUCGACAGUUCGGAUCAACCAUUCUAAAAAUGUGUCGGUACACAAAAAAUCUAUAAACGUAAAAAGUUUAAACAAAAACGAUUUGUACAGUCAUCCUUAUAACUAUAUAAACACUCCAUCUGAGACAUGCAGUCAUCAAGGAUCUAAAAUUGACCCUUUUCUUUUAAUUAUCAUCAAGUCAAACGUCAGAAAUAUGGAUAACAGAAUAGCAAUACGAUCCACAUGGGGAAAUAUAUCCGAUCCAUCGGUAAGAGUUGUCUUUCUUUUAGGAUUUUCCCCGUUCCUUGAAAAGUUCAUUAGCAUGGAGCAAUCUAUGUAUAACGAUAUUAUACAGGAAGAUUUCCUAGAUAAUUAUAACAAUAAUACACUUAAGACAAUUAUGGGAUAUAAUUGGAGUGUCAGCAACUGUAAAAACACUAAAUAUUUCUUUUUUGUCGAUGAUGACUAUUUAGUGAAUGUUCGGCUACUCUUAGAUGUUUUUCGGAAACGUUUGCCUAGUAGUAUUUUUACAGGAUGUGUUUGGUAUAAUGCUAAACCCAACCGGAACGUGCGCCGGAAGUGGUAUGUUUCUAUAAAGGAAUAUCCGGAUAAACAUUGGCCUCCAUAUGCAACUGGUGGCUCUAUUUUAAUGACAUAUGAUUAUGCAAAUAAAAUGAAGGAUGGAUUUAAAUCCAUUAAACCUUUAUAUAUCGAUGAUGUGUACCUUGGAAUAGUUGCCAAAAAACUUAAUAUUCCAUUAACGAAUGAUGGUCGAUUUCAUCCAUAUUACAAUUUGGGAAGGAUUCAUCAAAUGUAUUCCAUCCAUAAUUUUCAAUCGCCAAACAGACUUGUAGAAGAUUGGAAAAAAUUAAAAAGUAUUUUAAAAGCUUAGUUUCUUUAAAGUCGGUUCCUUAAUAGAACUACUGAUUUGAAGAAAACUAAUCACGAUUAAUAUUAUGAAUCAGACGUGAAGAAUGUUAUAAACAUAAUGAAUCUAUAGCCUUAAAUGUUCAUUAUAAACUAUGGACAAAAAAACGGAAUGCAUGUAACACGCUGAAGAAUCACAAUGAAACUUACAUAUAAAACGUAUAUUGCUAAACUAAUGGUCUAUUAUGAACACAUAAUAUUGACAAACAGAAUAUAAAAUGACGGAUUGAAACAGAGUGUAUCAAAGUGGAUUCCUGGAUUGCUUAAGAAUUAUUUUAUUGUUGGAGUGCUAGCUUUUUUCUUUGCGUUUAUCUGUAUAAUUGUAAUUAAAAUUAGAUGCGUUUAACAAAAACGCUAAAAAAAUGUAUGAAAAAUGAAAAUGAUGAAUACAACAAAUCUGUAAUUUAUGAAAUCCAUAA